GCAUUUAGUAGGAAAAGAAGAAAAAAAUUCUAAAAUAUAACCUAGGUUUGAGUAAAGUUGAGAGUGUGGUCUGAGAAUCUGGAACCACGAUGUUCUGAGCUGUCUUCUGGCAGACUUUUGUCUCAAGAUUGGGGUUGCAUGUGCUUGACCUUGCAGGAGAUGGUGACCUUCAGGGACGUGGCCGUGGUCUUCUCCGAGGAGGAGCUGGGGCUGCUGGUCCCCGCGCAGAGGAAGCUGUACCGCGACGUGAUGCUGGAGACCUUCCGGAACCUGCUCUCCGUGGGAGGCAAGACUCCAGGUGAGGUGGAGAAUCUGCAGGAAGUGGCACUAAGGUUCCUGCCACAGGAAGAGAUUUUCUGCCCACAAACUUGGCAACAAGUAACUCAGGAGUUAACCAGAUGUCAUGAUUCUGUGGCAGAUAUUCAAAGAACUGGCUCCCAGCUGAAGAAACAGGGUCACACCCUUCGUAAAGACAAGUUCAGCAAAGGCUUUAAUCAGAGUUCACACUUUCUGAUGCAGUACAGAGUCCAUGCUGGCGACACACUCUGCAGAGGGGAAGCAUGUGAGAAGGGCUUUGUCUGGGACACUCAUCCUCAAGUCAAGCCAAGGGCCUGUGCAGGAGAGAAGCCCUACAAAUGCGAAAGGUGCAAUCACACUUUCCGUCGACGUUCAAGUCUUCAGGCCCACCAGAGAGUCCACGGUGGAGCGAAGUCAGGCAGAUCGCAUGCUUCCUGUAAAGGUUUAGGCCGGAUGUCACAAACUCACCAUACUCAGAGAGUCCUCACUGGAGAGAAUGCAUACAAAUAUGGAGAAUGUGGGAGGAGCAUCGGGGGAAAGUCAUAUUGUCAAGCUCCUUCAACAGGCCAUGGAGGGAAGAAGCCCUAUAUAUGUGAGGAGUGUGGGGAAGACUUCAGCGAGCGCUCAUGUCUCCAGGCCCAUCAGAGUGUCCACACUGGGAGAAAACCUUACAGAUGUGAAGAAUGUGGCAAGCGUUUUAGUUGGCAAUCACGCCUGCAGGCCCAUCAGCGAAUCCAUACUGGCGAGAAACCGUACAAAUGUGAUGCAUGCGGCAAGGGCUUCAGUUACAGCUCACACCUGAGCGUUCACUGUAGAAUCCACACGGGAGAGAAACCAUAUAAAUGUGAAGAGUGUGGGAAGGGAUUCAGUGUGGGUUCACACCUUCAGGCACAUCAGAUAAGCCACACUGGAGAGAAACCCUACAAGUGUGAGGAGUGUGGGAAGGGCUUCUGUCGGGCCUCAAACCUUCUGGACCAUCAGAGAGGCCACUCUGGAGAGAAACCUUAUCAUUGUGAUGUGUGUGGGAAGGGCUUUAGUCGUAGCUCUGAUUUUAACAUUCAUUUCAGAGUCCAUACAGGCGAAAAACCCUAUAAAUGUGAGGAGUGUGGGAAAGGCUUCACGCAGGCCUCAAAUCUUCUGGCCCAUCAGAGAGGUCACACUGGAGAAAAACCAUACAAAUGUUCUACCUGUGGGAAAGGCUUCAGUCGGAGCUCCGAUCUUAACGUGCAUUGUAGGAUCCAUACAGGAGAGAAACCCUAUAAAUGUGAGAAAUGUGGUAAGGCCUUCAGCCAGUUCUCAAGUCUCCAAGUCCACCAGAGAGUCCACACUGGGGAAAAACCAUAUCAGUGUGCAGACUGUGGGAAGGGAUUCAGUGUGGGCUCACAGCUGCAAGCGCAUCAGAGGUGCCACACUGGAGAGAAACCCUACCAAUGUGAGGAGUGUGGCAAGGGCUUCUGUCGGGCCUCGAAUUUUCUGGCUCACUCAGGAGUCCACACGGGAGAAAAGCCAUACCGAUGUGACGUGUGUGGGAAGCGCUUCCGACAGAGAUCCUACCUUCAGGCCCACCAGAGGGUGCACACGGGAGAGAAACCCUACAGAUGUGAGGAGUGUGGGAAGGGCUUCAGCUGGAGCUCGUAUCUACAAGCCCAUCAGAGAGUGCACACGGGAGAAAAGCCCUACAAAUGUGAGGCAUGUGGCAAGGGCUUCAGCUGGAGCUCGAGUCUUGUAAUUCAUCAGCGAGUCCAUGCUGCGGAUUUGGGUGACAGGGACCUUCCUUCAGAGAGUCCUAGCAGGAAGUGAGCUCUGUAAAGUUACAUAUGUAAGUGUGCCAUGUGGGUGCUGAAUUAUUCCAAUGAUCAGAGAGAGGUACCAUAGGAGGCAAAACAUUGGAUGCCUAAAGGGGUCAAAGCUUAGCCAGAGCUUAACAUGUCACCACAGCCUUGUUGAGAGUGGAGCCGGACAAAUCAUUCAGAAUCUUGACGUUGGCAGUGAAGGGGAGUCUGACGUGGAGUUAACCUAGGAAUGCCAAAUGUCUGUUCCACUAGGAGACGAACUCCACCUAGAGGGCUCGGGGCGUGGCUGACUGCCAAAUCUACCAUGUCUUUUCAGUGCCUAACACAUUGUGUGCUUUUAAUAAUUGUUAAAUGAGUAAAAACAUUUGA